AUUUGAAAGUCACUUGAAAUACAUCUAACUCCCCCAAUCAAACCUACAAUGGUUUCAUCAAAGAUGGCCGUGUUAUCUGUCAACCAGAAGUGAAACUUUCCCUUAAGAAUAGGAAUAUACUCCGUCAAUUAACCUUCAUUUGGAUUGUUUUGCUCGAAUUGACAUCGAUGCUGCUUUUACAGACACAUAUAAGUAUGCCUUUCUGAGUUAUCAUUUCGCCUGGCGACGUUUUAUUUUGAAUGGCAAACCGCCUUGUCCAACUGCUGUCUUUUAAGUAAGCUAGCCGUCCAGCUAACCGCGGGGAGAUUCCUGUCUCCGGGAAUCAUUUCUCACAUUUAUUUCCACUUUCCGCCGGGUUAAGUAACACCCGAGACCUGGUAGAGAUUCUAUCUCGUAGAUGUUUCAAACAGGAAGAGGGUUUUAAUGCUGAAGACGCUCGCGCUUCCGUCUACAUCUUCACGUCACUCGCUUCCAGUCAAGUUUGAUGUUUUUCCAUGAGCACCGUGUGGAGAGGACUUUGAUUUGCUUGUGCUUUCUGUCCUAGCAAAUCAAUGGAGAAGCUUCAAGACCUCAGCCAGUCCGAGUUGCAGGAUUUGCUGGACAACUUGGAGCGGGUGGAGUCUAUGGCACUGGAGUCUGAUGAGAUCCAGAACAUUCAACUGGAGAGAGAGAUGGCUCUGGCUGCAAACCGCAGUCUUGCUGAGCAAAACCUAGACAUGAAGCCCCGUAUUGAAAAUGACAGAGCGCGGCUGGUGGAGAAAUACACUGAACUGGAGGCAGUGAGGGAGAAAUACAAACAGCACUGUGUCCUGAGAGACAACAUCAUGGGACAGGUGUCUCCGGAGGGGCUGUUGUCACGUCUGCAGGCAGAGGGCGCCAGCACAGAGGCAGAGUCAGAGGUUUUAGCGGAUGAGUUUCUGGAAGGUUCAAUAUCGCUGGACUCUUUCCUCGAACGCUUCCUGUCCCUCCGCUCCCUCGCUCACACGAGACGAGUGCGCAUCGAAAAGCUGCAAGAAAUUCUCAGCCAAAAAAGCAAAGGGAUCGGGGAUGCUACAAUGGCAUCACAGCCCUGUGCCAAUCAGGAUGCUGCAUCAUCAUCGCCGUGGCAACAACAGCAGCCCCAGCAGCAGCAGAGCUCCAAAAUCAAUGCACCCUCCAACUCCUCCAGUUCUGCUCUCCCUUAUUCCCCCUAUCCCGUCGCUCCUCCAUCAGCCUCCACAGCAGGCAGCACUAACCCCAGCACAGCGUUUCAGCCCUACCCCAGCCAGGGUGCCCCAUUCCCUCAGGCGACAGGCUUCUCAGCUCCAAGGCCUGCGUUUGGUCCCCCAGCAUGCCCAUAUCCCACCCAGGCCCAGUUUCCUGCCCCACCGUUUGGGCAGUUUGGUCCCACGCCCGCCCAGUAUCCCGCUCCAUACCCGCAAUACGGAGUGUACAACUACCCCACAGGCCCCCAAGCGUCAUCAACCCAGUCACCCCCAGGUAGACCGCUCUAUAGGGCAGGUUUUGGGGUACCACAGCCAUACUCCUGAGCCCCUCUGUCUGUCUGUCUUUUCUCAUAAUCCUCCCUCUUGUCUCUCCCACCCUUCCCCUCCUGCUCUGCCCUCUCAGAUUUGUGGUUUGCGUACACAUGUCACAUCCUGUUCCUGUCUGAGGCUUAUAAAGACACUUGAGAUUGA